GAUGCCAGAGGACAUCGUCCACUUCAACCUGGGCAAAAAGCAGCUCCCACCCGAAGACCUCCUCCACCUCCUGUAAGUGGAGGUGGCUACAGACCACGUCCCACCAAGCCUCCAGCAAAAGGACAGAAGAAGGAAGCCAUCGUAUAUCCUGAUGAAGGAGGCUGUAAACAUGCUUAUGAAGAAUUGGGAGUAUUAUGUCCAACUGGUUGUGAACUUCGGAAUGCAAUUCUGAAACAAGAGAAGACAGUGAAAGAUGCCCUGACUGCAGUACGUCCCAAAGUGGAAUCACUUUCACACUCUUCAACAAAUAUCUACAAGUAUGCUUCACUACUUGGAGACAAAGUGAAGGAAAGACAGGAGAACAAUCAAAAUAAUCAGAAUGUUAUAAAUGAAUACAGUGUAGAUCUUGAGGAGCAGUACACUUACAUCAAAGAAAAUCUGGACAACAACAUCCCAUCCAACCUUCGUAUUCUCCGCCAGGUGUUGGAAAACCUGCGUUCUAAAAUCCAGAAACUGGAAGCCACUAUAUCCACCCAGGUUGAAAACUGCAAGUCUCCAUGUGCUUCAUCAUGCAAUAUUCCAGUGGUAUCUGGCAAAGAGUGCGAAGAAAUCUACAGAAAGGGUGGAGAGACAUCAGAGAUGUACCUCAUUCAACCAGAUGGAAUGUUCCGACCAUUCAAGGUUUAUUGUGACAUGACCACACAAGAUGGCGGAUGGACUAUGAUCCAGAAUAGACAAGAUGGCAGUGUUGGUUUUGGUAGAACAUGGGAUGUCUACAAGAGUGGAUUUGGAAAUAUUGCUCGUGAUGGCGGAAAAGGAAUCUGUGACAUGCCAGGUGAAUUCUGGCUGGGUAAUGACAAGAUUAGCCAGCUUACUAAUAUUGGACCCACUGAAGCUUUAAUUGAAAUGGAAGACUGGAAAGGCCAAAAAGUAUUUGCUCAAUACACCGCUUUCACUGUACAAAAUGAGGCAAAUAAAUAUCAGCUUUCUGUCAGUGGCUACAAAGGAAAUGCAGGCAAUGCACUUCUAGAAGGGGCAUCACAACUGAAAGGAGAAAACAAAACCAUGACAAUACACAAUGGCAUGUACUUCAGCACAUAUGACAGAGACAACGAUGGAUGGUUAACUGCAGAUCCCAACAAACAGUGUUCUAAAGAAGAUGGUGGUGGAUGGUGGUACAAUAGAUGCCACUCCGCUAACCCCAAUGGCAGAUAUUACUGGGGUGGUCAUUACACAUUUGAUAUGACAAAACAUGGAACAGAUGAUGGUGUGGUAUGGAUGAACUGGUUGGGUUCUUGGUACUCAAUGAAGAGGAUGAGCAUGAAGAUCAGACCAUUCUUCAGUUAA